AUGUCUUUUAGGAAACAACUCUCUGGUAAUAUGAAAAGAAAAAAAAAGGCAAAGGAUAACGAAAUUGCCGAAAGUUUAAGAGGAUCUCUUAAUAAAUUUUUCUCUACAAAUAAUGAGUCAGUUGAAAAUUUGAGAGAAAAUAAUGUUGGUGAAGAGCCACAAAAUGUUAUUGGGGAGUCUCAUGAUCAUGAAAAUGGUAGUGAUUUAGAAGAAAAUGUUGGUGAUGAGUCUCAAGACCAUGAAAAUGGUGGUGAUGUGGAUUUAAAUGUUGAUGAUGAUCAUAUUGGUGUAGAGGAAAAUAUUGAAUCUCCUGAACCUAUUUUCCAUAUAAACAUUUAUGAUCCAAGAGUUUGGGAUGGUCUUAAUGCAGAAAUGAGAGACUUGCUUGUAGAAAAUGGGCCAAUUCGAGAAACUAAUCUCACUUAUCCUAAGGACAAACUCUCUAGAAAAUUUUCCUCACACUACUAUGAUCGAAAAUUACCAACGGGUGAAAUUUAUGAUAGGAAAUGGCUCGUGUACUCAAAAGAGUUGGAUAAAGUCUUUUGCUUUUGUUGUAAAUUGUUUAAAACAAUUGCCUCAAAAAGUGAGUUAGCAAAAGAUGGAAUUAGUGAUUGGAGACAUCUUGGUGUGAAGCUUGACCAACAUGAAAGAGUAAAGAACAUCUUACUAAUUUGA